CGUAUUUCGCACUUCCUCUCCACGUUGAGAUAGUGGACACCGCCGAAAGUUUGGACGUUUCAGGGAAUACAAGAAGCAAAUAUGGUGUUAGAUAUCGAACUAUUUAGAGCAGACAAAGGGGGAAACCCCGACAAAAUCAAAGAGAACCAGGCCAAACGAUUCAAAGAUGUGACCCUUGUGGAUAAAGUAGUAGAAAAUGACACGCAAUGGAGGAAAAAAAGGUUUAGAGCUGACCUGCUGAACAAACAGAAGAAUCUCUGUAGCAAAGUGAUAGGAGAGAAGAUGAAGGCAAAGGAGCCUGCAGGAGAAGACAAAACCGUGCCAGACAGUAUCAAAAACAACCUAGAGGAGUUCACCAAGGAACAAAUUCAGGCGCUGACAGUUGUGCAGAUAAAAGAAACCAAAAGUAUGAUCGAUGAACAGAUGAAAAUUAAUGACACUGAGUUAAUCAAGCAUGAACAGGAAAGGAACGAGGCCCUGAAAGAAGUCAGCAACCACCUGCAUGAGAGCUGUAUCAUCAGCAACGACGAGGAUGAGAAUGGCAUUGAGAGGACGUUUGGGGACUGCGAGUCCAGGAAAAAAUACUCACACGUGGACUUAGUGGUGAUGGUGGAUGGAGUGGACAAUGACCGGGGGUCAGUGGUGGCCGGGGGAAGGGGAUACUAUCUCAAGGGUCCAUUGGUCUUCUUGGAGCAAGCUCUGAUUAAUCUCGCCAUGCAGUCUCUGUACACCAAGGGUUAUGUCCCUUUGUACACGCCGUUCUUCAUGAGGAAGGAGGUCAUGCAGGAAGUUGCUCAGCUGUCACAGUUUGAUGAUGAACUAUACAAGGUCAUAGGAAAAGGCAGUGAAAAGGCCGAUGAGAACUCAGUGGAUGAGAAGUAUUUGAUCGCAACCUCUGAGCAGCCAAUCGCUGCCUUCCACCGUGAUGAGUGGGUCCCGACUGAUGACCUUCCCAUUAAGUACCUGGGCUACUCCACCUGUUUCAGACAGGAAGUGGGGUCGCACGGAAGGGACACCAGGGGAAUCUUCAGGGUCCACCAGUUUGAAAAGAUAGAGCAAUUUGUCCUGACCUCACCUUUUGAGAACAAGUCAUGGGAAAUGUUUGACGAGAUGAUCAACAAUGCGGAGGAAUUCAACAAACUUCUGGGCAUUCCAUACCGAAUAGUAAACAUUGUAUCAGGGGCCCUGAAUAACGCGGCUUCUAAGAAGCUGGAUCUGGAGGCGUGGUUCCCGGCAUCUGGAGCGUUCCGGGAACUGGUCUCAUGUUCCAACUGCCUGGAUUACCAGGCUCGCAGACUCAAAGUCCGAUACGGACAGACCAAAAAGAUGAAUCAAGAGGCAGACUACGUACACAUGCUGAAUGCCACCAUGUGUGCGACCACCAGGACGAUAUGUGCCAUUCUGGAGAACUACCAGGUAGAGGACGGGGUCAUUGUGCCAGAGGCCCUCAGGAAAUAUAUGCCACCAGGAUAUAACGAGAAACUGCCCUUUGUAAAGCCAGCUCCUAUUGACCAAGAGGAGAGUAAGAAAACAAAGAAACAUAAAGACGCUCAGAAAAAGAAAGACAAGAAUGUCGCGGAGGGCGUGGAGAAAAUGGAUCUAAACAAGUGAUUGUGCUAACGAGGACUAAUUUAUUAUUCUCUUAACGAUGUCUGUGAUGAUUUUGUGCAGUCAAUAUUGAUGCAGUACUUAUAUGUGUAACAUUGUUUCGUUGUACACUCGACUCAUCUAAAUGAUCUAUAUCGUCGGCUCAGUGUACACAUUACGUUACCAAAUCAUGGGAAUUAUUUCUGGACCUUUUCUCCUUAGAUCAUGAAAAUGCAAUUUUUUUUAUUUCCAUAUACAUUUUACGUCAUGUCUCUGAGUGCAAUGAGAGAUUUAAGUUAAAAGAGAAAGAUAUUCUUUUAUGAAUUGCUUAUGAAGACAAAAUUAAGAUAACUUUUAAAUAUGGACAAGAAUUAAGAUUUGAGAGAAAAAUGCUCUUAUGUAUCUUUUGUACUCUUAUCAUUAUAAAACAAAGAAAGGUUUUUGGGAUAUAUUAGCAUACAAAAUAAAUGUGCAUUAUAUUUAAUAAAAUGUUAAAAUCGCAAAGUGCUUUUUUAUGUUCAUUCUGUCUGUUUUGUUUUUGAUGAAGAUGAAACUGUCUACCAUUUCUCCACUUUGUGGAAUAUAGAUUGUUUAGUUUGUGGAUAAAUGAAAUAAAACUUGAAAACUUG